CUUCAAGGAGAACAGCUCUACGAUCCUUGCACACAUAACACACUAGCUUUUCAAAUGCAGGAACGAACAAUGUUUGUCUGAUUUCUAUAUUCCUCCACUUCUCUUGUUCUACUGAUGGCUGCUACAUCGAGUCCUGUUUUCCCUGUUACUCGCCGCCGGCGACUUUUCCAGCGAGACGAAGACGAGCUGGAUGAAAAGGUGGAAUCAUGUGCAAAGCGCAAGAAACUGCCUAGCCCGCUGAAUAUCCCGACCAGUAAAAUCACGAAGCAAGGCUCCGUUUCUACUCCAUCACCCGUAACUCCAUCGUCUGCUUUCUCGCCCGUGUUCCCUUGCCAACGCACCACGCUGAGUCGUGCCUGGGAAAACCAUGAGUUACCGUGUCGCGAAGAGGAGAUCAGCUCAAUAAAUGAUUUCCUGCGUGGCACUCUGGUGGCUGGCAAGUCUGGCUGUCUUUACAUCAGCGGUGUGCCGGGGACUGGCAAGACGGCGUGCGUCAAUGCUGUUCUAACGGCCAUGAAGGAAGCACAGCGAGCGCACAUACUCAAGAUCAAUGCAUUCCAGUACAGCCAACAGCCCAGUCGUAUCUACAAUGUCUUAGCCGAGCGACUACUGCCCAAGACGAAGAGCACUAUGAGCAGUGCAUGCUGUAGCCAGCUCACCGACUUUGUAGCCAAGAGCAGCAAACCCAUUGUGCUGGUGCUGGAUGAGAUUGAUCAGCUAGCGACCAAGGACAGCGGUGUCCUGUAUCAGAUCUUUGAGUGGGCGCUACGACCGACCAGCAAGCUUGUACUCCUGGCCAUUGCAAAUACACUCUCAUUCACCAGCAAUGAACUGAAGCGACUCCAGCUGAAAGGCUGCGAACCGGAGCAGUUAUACUUCGCACCGUACACGUCCAAGCAGUUAGCUACCAUUCUAAAAUCUCGCGUUGAAGCAGCAUGUGCUGGUGAUGUCACCAUGUCGGCGGAAGCAAUAGAGCUCUGUGCGCGUCGUAUCGCAGCCGUGACAGGUGACGUUCGCAAGGCACUGGACGUGUGUCGGCAUGCCGUGGAGCAAAUCUCCACACCAACAACUCCUGGUGGCCGAAAUCGCAAGUCAAGUCUUACAGGAUCGCCCGGAAGUGCCACAAAGCAAGGCAAGAUGUUCUUCCAGGGCGCGGGGGGUUUGGUGGGCGAGUUACCCGCCACGCCACGCCGUGUGACGGUCGGCCAGGUGUCUCGUGUACUCUGUCAGCUGUACGGUGCCAGACUGAAGAGCACAAGUGGCUCGACAAGUGGCAGUACUAGUACCAGCUCUGCGCCGGCGGCAGAUGCGCCCGAAGACAACGCUGUGCCACUCAAGCAGAAAGUUCUGCUGUGCACCAUGCUGCUGCUGAAGAAGUCCAAGAACAGCGUUGUCACUGUUUCACAGCUGGAGGAUGCGUUUCGCUUUGUAUGCAAGCAACGGUCAAUGGAGUGCGAGGACGAUGUUCUCUCGCUCAGUGAAAGCUUGGACAACCAGGGCCUGGUCGUUACCAAGCGUAACCAGAAGAACCCACGACUGAGCAAGAUUGUGUUGCAGUUUUCUGACUCGGAAGUCGAACAGUACAUGUCUGACAAAGCCAUGCUAUCCACAAUUUCAUCACUGACAUUGCCGAAGAAACGGUAGAGUUCCUCCUGACAACCUUCCUAGUCUUCUCUUGUCAAGAACUGUUGCUUUGUGCGCGUUGGAUGCGGAUUGCGGCUGGCAAUGAGUGAGUGCAUGGCUGAUCCGUACAAAGCUCGCUUGCAUGGCUGUGCCUCAUAGUGCCAUGUCUCUGCGCGGCUCUAUGCAGCUGACUGACCCUAUGCACGGCUGUCCAUCUCGCAAGAUCGACUGCAUCUCCUGCAGCGUGCAAUCAUCAGGCAACAAAAUUGCCUUCGAAUGGUGCAACGUUCUGUUGCAAUGUUUCCCAUGGCCACUUGCUACAGGGCCAUUCUCUAACACUACACUUUGUAGGUGAAGUGAAGAAAAUACACUUUUGUUUCAUUAUAGAAAAUACUAGAAUGCCAUGCAAUCAUGUCGCAGUUAUAUGAACAACAGCCAAUGAAACAAUCUGUCAUUUAUAAACUAGUCCCAUCGUUCUAUGUUGACAAAGCUGGAAAUAAUUUUCUUAGAACCUGAUUGCUUUUUUGUACUGUAGAGAUUUGCACACGUUUUUACCAAAAACGAUUCCUUUUACGUGUGUACUAUUUUUUAAUUUUUAUGCUCGAUGCCCCCCCCCCCCCCCCGGAGGCAAGUUCCAUGUGAUUUUAAUCAUUUUAGUACUAACGUUAUUCUAUGCUUUUUAGUUGUGCCUUGAGAAGAAGUGGUGUACCGUAUGUGAUCACCUUGU